AUGGCAUUACUACUGUUGCAAACUGCCGCUGUUGCCCUAACGGGCUUUCUGCUAUAUGCACUCAUCUUUGUUGGCAGAAGGGGCCGCAACCUCCCUGACGGCCCUCCCACGCUCCCGAUUAUUGGGAACUUGCACCAACUCCCCAAACAAAAAAUGUAUUUUCAGUUCACCGAAUGGGCCAAGAAAUACGGAGGAAUGUUUACUCUGAAACUCGGGCCCUCAAAUGUCGUUGUUCUUACAGAUCGACGCAUUAUCAAGCAAGUCUUGGACAAAAGAAGCGCCAUUUCAAGCAAUCGUCCAGUGAACAUGGUGGCCCAGCAGCUCAUAACCGAGGGUGACCACAUGCUUUGGAUGGACAAUACGCCCGCCUGGCGUUUGCUUCGAAAGCUGAUUCACCAAGACCUGACCGAAAGCCUCUGUAAUCGCCAGCACGUCAAGCUGCAGCAGGCCGAGUCUGUGCAAUUACUGCAUGAUAUGUUGAUAGACACAGACAAUUGGGCAAAUCACCUCAAGAGGUUCAGUAACAGUAUAAUCAUGAGCAUAGUCUACGGUAUUCGAUCCCCAUCAAUUGAUGCACCGCACACGAAAAAGCUCCGUGAUGCCGCCGAACUGUGGGCAAGAAUCAAUGAAUUUGGCGCAACACCACCAGUUGAUAUUUUCCCAUUCCUCAAAUGGGUUCCGCAGCGCUUUCUCGGAAACUGGGUGGCUAGAGCAACCGAGGUUCACGACGCUUUGCACGACCUAUACGGAGGUCUCCUAAAGUCUGUUAGGAGAAGACGGCUGGCCAUAGGCUCUGUUGAUAGUAUCAUUGACCGAGUCUUGGAUCAACAGGAGAAAAACGGCCUGACUGACCACCAAGUCACCUUUCUUGCAGGGGUUACAAUUAAAGGUGGCUCGGAUACCACCGCUUCGGUGCUCAGCUCCUUCAUACAGGCGAUGACGGUCAACCCCGAGGUGCAGAAAAGAGCACAAGAUGAGAUUGAUGCUGUUGUUGACGAAGACCAUAUACCUAGUUGGGAUGAUUAUGAGAAGUUGCCGUAUACUGCCACCAUGGUUAAAGAAUCACAUCGGUGGAGACCGGUGGCGCCUCUUUCAGUGCCACAUGCCCUUUCGGAAGAUGAGAUUGUCGACGGUAAGCUGUUACCAAAAGGAACGGUUAUUUUCGUCAACGUCUGGGGCCUUCAUCACGACGAAUCGAAGUUCACCAACCCAGAUAGCUUUGAUCCCGAUCGCUAUAAAAACCACCCAUUCCUAGCUUCAGAAUAUGCCAAUACUCCUGAUUAUGAGAAUAGAGAUCACUACGGCUAUGGCAACGGCCGAAGAUUAUGCCCGGGAAUCCACCUAGCGGAUCGUAAUCUCUUUCAUGCUAUUUCAAAGAUGUUGUGGGCAUUCAAAAUCGAAAAGGGCAGUGAUCCAAAAACUGGACAGGCAGUUGACUCUGAUACCAGUAUGGCCACUGGGUAUAGAGAGGGACUUACGGCUUGUCCGUACGAGUUUCCCAUAAAACUAACGGUGAGGUCGCAAAAACGACGCGAGACAAUUAUGAGAGAGUUUGCAAACGCGCAAGAGAAUAUUUUCCCACAGUUUGACAAGUCAGACUUUUUCAAAUGA